AGAGCGAGUCAAUCAGCUAAGUAUACGGCUUUUACACUCGAAAGGAGACGUCUAUAUCAAUUGGAUUCGACUGUUCAACCCAGACAUGCCAGGAGGAGGGUCUGAUAUGACACAAAGCACAAGAAAUAUCGCUUCUCCAUUAUACUACGCCUCCCUUGAGGGCCUAGUUAAACCAGUUGCACGUCUGCUUGAGAAAAGGGGCGUGAAUGCCCAGGGCGGAAGGUACGGCAACGCGCUCCAGGCGGCUUCAUAUAGAGGGAAUGAGGCUAUCGUUAGGUUAUUGCUUGAGAAGGGGGCCAACGUGAAUGCCCAGGGUGGAGAAUACGGCAAUGCGCUUUAUGCGGCUUCAGGUAGAGGUUGCUAGGAUAUUGUCAUGCUCUUACUAAACCAGGGGGCCGACAUAAAUGCCCAGGGCGGACAAUAUGGCAAUGCGCUCCAGGCGGCUUCAGGUAAAGGUCACUAUGAUAUUGUCAUGCUCUUACUAAACCAGGGGGCCGAUAUAAAUGCCCAGGGCGGAUUCUAUGGCAAUGCGCUCCAGGCGGCUUCAGGUGGAGGUUACGAGUCCGUCGUCUGGUUCCUGCUUGAGAAUGGGGCCGGUGUCGAUUCACAGGGCAAUGGAUGCGGUAACGCGUUUCAGGCGGCUUCACACGAAGAUCGCGGGAAAAUCGUCUGCGGCUUAAUUUCUCAGGAGGGCAACUUCGAUGACUAGAGCGCAGAGUAUGGCAACGCACUCUAGGCGGCUUUAUUGGAGGGAAC